AUGGAGACCAUCAAGAACGCCGCCAACUACGUCUCUGAGACUGUCCAGGGCGCCGGUGCCCAGGCUUCCAAGACUGCCAACAAGGAGGUCGCCAAGGACUCCGAUGCCAGCCUCGGCACCCGCGCCAACGCUGCCAUUGAUGCUCUCGGUGACAAGAAGGACGAGCACAUCCACAAUGCCAAGGCCGAUGUCCACAAGGAGGCCGCUAAGCACUAA